GCAAUAAGAAAUAUGUCUGUCUGUCUGCACAGCAAUUCAUGCUUGCCCUUUGAAGCAAAUGAUCCCAUGGAUUAUUACACAAUAUACGAAUAAAUGUUUCUACAAAUAAAUCUGCAUCACGAUAACUGUCAAUCGGUUAUGCCAUGAUUAGCGACUCGAUACGCUCCCUGUUCUUGAGAUCCUCGGGUUUCGAAACCAGUGAUUUCGCAUUGUUAAACUUUGAAAUGCACUUGAAGGCCUGUACUACAAAUCCAUUACACGAGAAAAGGCCUUUAAGAGUGUCGUUAUGGUUACGGUGUUGCGUGACGCGGUAAUUCUUUUGAUGGCUAUACCUCUUGUCACACACUCGAGCACGCAGGAAUCCCGCCCUCUGCCUGUUGUAUUCCACUCACCACAUAUAAAAAACCAGUCCUUGGAAAUUUGCGGCCCAGACCCUUCGUUUGCCUUAUCUGCCUCGCCAAAAGACUUCAAGCCAGGACAAUCGAUCACCAUAACAUUUACGAUCACCCCACAGGAAGAUGUUCUGUCUAUGGUUUGUGGUGCUCAAAUACUCCUCAACGGUCUGAUGUUUCUUACUACCUACCAAGUAAACGUUUGCGCCGAGGAGAGAGCUGGGAUAAAGUGUCCUCUUCUGAAGGGAGUGACCUACACCUACUCGACAUCACAUGGAAUAGAGGCAGUGAGGUUCUUACCGCAGGGCCGGUACAAUAUCCAGUAUCAGUGUAAAGACCAAGAUGACGUCCCCAUCUUAUGUUUGUCUUGGGCUCUGUCUUGGGUGUUCUAGUUUUUUACACGUGACGAGGAACAAUGCACCUUCGACGAAGAACAACGCCCAAUACGGUUACUCUUUAAUCGAACUUAUAAACCUAAACUGCUGUGAUACUUGGUUCAGUGCCUAUUAAUUCGCUGCCAGGUUCUAAUGCAGGCUUGUUUUGUAUUUUGUUUUUGAUGAGUAUUAUAAAAAAAACUCCACAAAGUUCUUGACCUAAGCCAAGGCGAGUGCAAGGCGAGAGAAUAUCCAUCGCGGUUACAUUAGUGAAAAAGUGGCUAGUAUUGGCUAAUGUAGACAUUUGGAAUUUUAAGUGGGAGCCUUAAA